AGGCGUUCUGACGACGCACUGCGGGGGCGCGCUUACAGUUUUCGAGAUCUCAGCUACUCUCUGAACUUGCUGACAAACCGACGCUGUGACGUCAUCCACGGUGCGGCGGAAGAUCACGUGUCUCGUGCCGGUAUGGCGGAGUAGCGACUGGGAGGAGUGGCAGCCAUAUGGAGCAGUGACCUGUGGGGAAGAUGUUGGUUGAUUCUGCUGUGCCAGAAAGGGGCAAACCUAUUGGGAAAAAAAAGAAACUUGAAUUAUAGCAGCAGACAUGGAUGAACAAGCUCUGCUUGGGCUAAAUCCAAAUGCCAGUGCCGACUACAGAGAGAGAGCAUCUGCAUAUUUCGAACAGUUAAAAGUAUCACAUGAUGCAUGGCAAGUCUGUGCUGAAGCUUUAGUGCAAUGUAUAUAUAGUGAUGAUCAUGUCAAGUUCUUCUGUUUUCAGGUUUUGGAACACCAAAUUAAAUUUAACACUAAUAAAUAUCUUUUGUACAGAUAUUCUGAAUUAACUGUUUUGCAACAGCAACUCAUUAGGGAAACUCUUAUGUCAUGGCUUCAGUCUCAGAUGCUUAAUGCACAGCCAGAGAAAACGUUUAUUCGGAACAAAGCAGCCCAAGUGUUCGCCUUGGUGUUUGUGACAGAGUAUCUCACGAAGUGGCCCAAGUUCUUCUUUGAUAUUUUGUCCGUGGUAGGCCUUAACCCUCGAGGCGUGGACCUCUACCUUCGAAUCCUAAUGGCAAUUGAUGCAGAAGUAGUAGAUCGGGAUGUAAUUCAUACAGCAGAAGAAGCCAGACGAAAUACACUACUGAAAGAUACAAUGAGAGAACAGUGUAUUCCAAAUCUAGUCGAAUCCUGGUAUCAAAUCCUGCAAACUUAUCAACAAAGUAAUUCUGAAUUGACAUGCCAGUGCCUUGAAGUAAUCGGAUCUUAUGUCUCAUGGAUAGAUUUAACCUUGAUUGCUAAUGACAGAUUCAUAAAUAUGCUGCUAAGUCACUUGUCAGUGGAAGUUCUCCGAGAGGAAGCAUGUGACUGCUUAUAUGAAAUUGUAAAUAAAGGAAUGGAUCCAAUUGAUAAAACGAAACUAGUAGAAUCUUUAUGUCAAGUAUUACAGUCUGCUGGCUUCUUCAGCAUUAAUCAGGAGGAAGAUGUGGAUUUCCUGGCUCGGUUUUCAAAGCUUGUCAAUGGAAUGGGCCAGUCACUCAUUAUUAGCUGGAGUAAACUGGUUAAAGCUGGGGACCUGAAGAGUGCCCAAGAUACACUGCAGUCCAUUGAAUCGAAAGUGCCUCUUAUGCUGCAGUUGCUAGUUCAUGAAGAUGAUGAUAUUUCAUCUAAUAUAAUUGUCUUUUGCUAUGAGUAUUUACAAAUCUUGAAACAGCUUGCCAUGCUUUCAAAUCAGCAGAAGGCUAAUUUGGAGGCAGUUAUGCUGGCAGUUAUAAAGAAGCUAACCUAUGAUGAUGAAUAUAACUUUGAAAAUGAGGGUGAAGAUGAAGCAAUGUUUGUAGAAUAUAGAAAACAGCUUAAGUUAUUACUCGACCGUUUGGCUCAGGUCUCACCUGAGUUACUGUUGACCUCUGUUCGCAGAGUAUUUAAUAAUACACUACAGAACUGGCAAACUACUCCCUUUAUGGAAGUUGAAGUUGCCAUCCGAUUGCUGUUUAUGUUGGGUGAGGCAAUCCCAGCAUCCCAUGGAGCUCAUUUCUGUGGUGAUGCUGCGAAAGCCAGUGUCUUACAGGACAUGAUGAGGACACUGGUGACUUCUGGUGUGAGCGCAUACAAUCAUACCUCUGUAACAUUAGAAUAUUUUGAAACCGUUGUUCGCUAUGAAAAAUUCUUUGCUGUAGAACCCAUUCACAUUCCCAAUAUUUUGAUGGCAUUUUUGGAUCACAGAGGUCUUCGUCAUGCUAGUCCCAAAGUCCGUAGCAGAACUGCUUACCUUUUUUCAAGAUUUGUUAAAUCUCUUCACAAACAGAUGAAUACAUUUGUUGAAGAUAUUUUGAGAAGGAUACAAGAUCUACUGGAGCUGUCACCACCUGAAAAUGGCUUUCAGACCUUGCUAACUAGCGAUGACCAACUUUUUAUAUAUGAAACUGCGGGGGUGCUUAUAGUAAAUAGUGAUUACCCUGCAGACCGGAAACACAUCCUAAUGAGGAACCUGCUGAGUCCACUAAUGGAAAAGUUCAAAAUCUUAUUAGAGAAACUAAUGCUGGAACAAGAUGAAGAGCGACAAUCUGUGCUGGCAGAUUGCCUGAAUCAUUCAGUUGGAUUUGCUAGCCGUACAAGCAAAGCCUUUAGUAACAAACAGACCGUAAAGCAGUGUGGCUGCUCUGAAGUCUACCUGGACUGUUUACGAACAUUUCUCCCAGCUCUAAGCUGUCCGGUUCAGAAGGAAGUUUUGAGAGGAGGGGUGCGGACUUUUCUUCACCGCAUGAUCAUAUGUCUGGAAGAGGAAGUACUUCCAUUUAUCCCUACUGCUUCAGAGCACAUGCUAAAAGAUUGUGAAGCAAAAGACCUGCAAGAAUUCAUUCCUUUAAUCAAUCAGAUAACAGCUAAGUUUAAGACACAAGUUUCAGCAUUUUUGCAACAAGUCUUUAUGCCACUUCUGCAUGCCAUAUUUGAGAUGUUAAUCCGUCCAGCAGAGGAAAAUGACCAAUCUGCUUCUUUAGAUAAACAGAUGUUACGGAGAAGUUACUUUGCCUUCCUUCAAACAGUCAGUGGCAGUGGGAUGAGUGAGGUUAUAGCCAACCAGGGACCUGAAAAUGUGGAGCGUGUCUUAUUCACUGUCAUCCAAGGAGCUGUGGAAUACCCAGAUCCCAUUGCCCAGAAAACAUGUUUCAUUAUCCUGUCAAAGCUGGUAGAAUUGUGGGGUGGCAAAGAUGGACUUGUCGGAUUUGCAGAUUUUGUCUACAAACACAUUGUUCCUGCAUGCUUUCUGGCACCCUUAAAACCCAGCUUUGAUCUUACAGAUGCUCAAACAGUAUUGGCUUUAUCAGAGUGUGCUGUAACUAUGAAAACGAUUUAUAUCAAAAGGGGGCUGGAAUGCAUUCACUAUCUGCAGCAAGAGUACCUGCCAUCUCUACAGGUAGCACCAGAAAUCAUUCAGGAGUUUUGCCAAGCUCUUCAACAACCUGAUGCUAAAGUUUUUAAAAACUACCUAAAGGUUUUCUUCCAAAGAGCAAAACCUUGAGGAGAAUACUGGAAAUCGCACCCUAUCUCCCAUCUCUCAGGAACUCCAGUUAUUAAUUUAUGUAGAUUGCUAGUUUUGUACAAACCAUUAAAACUGGUGUUCUAGAGAGAAGCUACAAAACCAGCAGUAAAACAUCAUGAAGUUGUUUGGACUCUGCUGCCACAUAUUUUCUGCCUUGUGCCCUGCUCAAAUGUGUCACAUGAAACAAAUAGUGAAAGAAAUUGAAUUUUAUUUUGAAAUUUGAACAUAAACGAUCAUAUAAAAUCUCUGGUAAAACUGGAGGAUCUAUGUUAAUUUUUUUUUUUUUUUUUAAAAAACAUCAAAGGAAAAAAAACUUUAUUUUAAUGAAAAUGCAAAAUUUAGGUUCCUGAAAUAUAUCAUGGUGUAAUAAAGCAAUGAAAUGGA